AUGGAGCAGCAAACUUCGACUCCUACUACCUCACCACCGCCUCCAUAUGUCCGGGCGCCAUCAGUCGGUCCAACGACGGAGCCAUCCGUGCUGAACCCGAAGGACACCGCAGAUCAGCCCGCAGGCAACUUAAGCAUACAACCACCCCCAUUACUUGACCCGAGCAUCGACCGCAAGGGCCAAGAAGAAGUGGCUCCCUUGCCCACUCAACGCACAUGGAACCCGAAGAGACUGGUCGGGUUGCUUGUUCCGUUUCCGCAGCCGAACUUUCCCCUUGCCUCUGGAAAGCCAAUUCCGACUAAAUAUUUCCUAUAUGUGCCUCCACCGCCGCCCCUGGAGGUGCCAAAGGAAGGCGAGAAGGAGAGUCGCGGGCACAAAGCCCAGCGGAAAUGGGAGGCCAAGAUCCGAAAAGCUAAAACCAGCGAGCCCGAGAUGAUGUCCUAG